CGUUGGAUGAUGUUGAGAUUGCCUAUUCGGAUCGAACUUGACAGUUUAGGGUUUUAAAUCCGCGCCUCCAUCGACGAGGAGUUCACAGCUCUCUUUCUCUGCUGCGGCUCUGCCAGAAAUUCUGUCGUGAUCAUUUGUUGUAGAAGAAAUCAAAGGAAACAACAAUGAGUAAGCUUCAGAGUGAUGUUCUGAGGGAGGCCAUUGGCCAGAUCAUGGUCGCUGUUAAGGAAAAGAACCGAAAGUUUACUGAGACAAUAGAGCUUCAAAUUGGUCUGAAGAACUAUGACCCACAGAAAGAUAAACGUUUCAGUGGUUCUGUGAAAUUGCCUCAUAUCCCUCGCCCCAAAAUGAAGGUCUGCAUGCUUGGAGAUGCCCAGCAUGUCGAGGAGGCAGAGAGGAUUGGAUUGGAGUCUAUGGACGUCGAGGCUUUGAAGAAAAUGAACAAGAAUAAGAAGCUGGUAAAGAAGCUAGCGAAGAAGUACCAUGCUUUCCUUGCUUCAGAGGCAAUUAUUAAGCAGAUUCCAAGGCUUCUCGGUCCAGGUCUUAACAAGGCUGGUAAGUUUCCAACGUUGGUUUCCCACCAGGAGUCUCUUGAGUCAAAGGUGAAUGAGACCAAGGCCAUGGUUAAGUUCCAGCUUAAGAAAGUUCUUUGCAUGGGGGUUGCUGUGGGUAACUGUGGCAUGGAGGAGAAGCAAAUCUUCCAGAAUGUGCAGCUUAGUGUCAAUUUCCUCGUCUCCCUUUUGAAAAAGAAUUGGCAAAAUGUACGGUGCUUAUACCUGAAGAGUACGAUGGGAAAACCAAACAGAAUAUUCUGAGCCCCGUUGGUCCCUUUUGUUUGGAGACUUGGAUUGGUGUAGUUGUAGCAAGUUUUCCUGGCGCUAAUUGCCUGAGUCUUUCAUUCUCUUAAUUAAGUUGUUCUUUUUUCAAGGGCGUAUUUAGUUUCUCAACAGAACUUGGAUCCAAUUUAGAAAUUUUCUAAUUAAAUGACUUUUGGUUGUGGUAA